CGUGAUGACGUAGGCGCCAGCGGAGAUUUCAAAUUCGAACUGCGCCGGCGGGUGCGGGGAGGAGUUGGGUGUUUUGGCGGCUGUCGUCCUGCCUCGCAAAUAGUUGCGCGGAUUACGGAUUCGGCCCUUGGAUUGUAUCACGAAACUGGAAGAAAGGUAGUAAGCAUGAAGCGCAGUUCAGUUUCCACCGGUGGUGCUGGCCGCCUCUCCAUGCAGGAUUUAAGGUCUCAGGAUUUCAAUAAACAAGGCCUCCAUACCCCUCAAACCAAAGAGAAACCAGCCUUUGGAAAGUUGAGUAUAAACAAACCGACAUCUGAAAGAAAAAUCUCUGUGUUUGGUAAAAGAACUAGUGGACAUGGCUCCCGGAAUAGUCAAUUUGGUAUAUUUUCCAGUUCUGAAAAAAUCAAGGACCCCCGGCCACUUAAUGACAAAGCAUUCAUUCAACAGUGUAUUCGACAACUCUGUGAGUUUCUUACAGAAAAUGGUUAUGCAUAUAGCGUAUCCAUGAAAUCUCUACAAGCUCCUUCUGUUAAAGACUUCCUAAAGAUCUUCACUUUUCUUUAUGGCUUCCUGUGCCCUUCAUAUGAACUUCCUGACACAAAGUUUGAAGAAGAGGUUCCAAGAAUCUUUAGAGAUCUUGGGUAUCCUUUUGCAUUAUCCAAAAGCUCCAUGUAUACAGUGGGGGCCCCUCAUACAUGGCCACACAUUGUGGCAGCCUUGGUUUGGCUAAUAGACUGCAUCAAGUUACAUAAUGCCAUGAAAGAAAGCUCACCUUUGUUUGAUGAUGGACAGCCUUGGGGAGAAGAAACUGAAGAUGGAAUUAUGCACAAUAAGCUGUUUUUGGACUACACCAUAAAAUGCUAUGAGAGUUUCAUGACUGGUGCUGACAGUUUUGAAGAGAUGAAUGCAGAGUUGCAGUCAAAGCUGAAGGAUUUAUUUAAUGUAGAUGCUUCUAAGCUGGAGUCACUAGCAGCAAAAAAUAAAGCAUUGAAUGAACAAAUUGCAAGAUUGGAACAAGAAAGAGAAAAAGAACCGAAUCGUCUAGAGUCAUUGAGAAAACUGAAAACUUCCUUACAAGCAGAUGUUCAAAAAUAUCAGGCAUACAUGAACAAUUUGGAGUCUCAUUCAGCAAUUCUUGACCAGAAAUUGAAUGGUCUUGAUGAAGAAAUUUCUAGAGUAGAACUAGAAUAUGAAACAAUGAAACAGGAGAAUACCCGCCUACAGAAUAUUGUUGAUAACCAGAAGUACUCAGUUGCAGACAUCGAGAGAAUAAAUCAUGAAAGAAAUGAAUUGCAGCAGACCAUUAAUAAAUUAACCAAAGACCUGGAGGCUGAACAACAGCAGCUGUGGAAUGAAGAGCUAAAAUAUGCCAGAGGCAAGGAGGCGAUUGAAACACAAUUAUCAGAGUAUCACAAGUUGGCCAGAAAAUUAAAACUUAUCCCUAAGGGUGCUGAAAAUUCCAAAGGUUAUGACUUUGAAAUUAAGUUUAAUCCUGAAGCUGGUGCCAACUGCCUUGUCAAAUACAGAGCUCAAGUUUAUGUACCACUCAAGGAACUCUUGAACCAAACUGAAGAAGAAAUUAAUAAAGCUCUAAAUAAAAAAAUGGGGUUAGAAGAUACUUUAGAACAGUUAAAUACAAUGAUAACAGAAAGCAGGAGAGGUGUAAGAACUCUGAAAGAAGAAGUUCAAAAGCUGGAUGAUCUUUACCAACAAAAAGUUAAGGAAGCUGAAGAAGAGGACAAAAAGUGUGCCAGUGAGCUGGAGUCCUUGGAUAAACACAAACAUCUGCUAGAGAGUGCUGUUAAUGAGGGCCUCAGUGAAGCUAUAAAUGAAUUAGAUGCUAUUCAGCGAGAAUACCAACUAGUUGUGCAAACCACAACUGAAGAACGACGAAAAGUGGGAAAUAACUUGCAGCGUCUUUUAGAGAUGGUUGCUACACAUGUAGGAUCUGUGGAGUUUUCUUCACUGCUUGGUGAUAGCUGAGAAAAAUAUACUGGAUUCUACAUCAGAAAACCUAGAUUUUCUCCAGUAUUGUUACUUUGAACCACAGAGCAGAAAAUUGUUUGAGAAAUUACUUUCUUGUUCUCUCAAGUAUAAUGUGUAAUAAAUGCAAAGAGAAAAAUUCAUUCACAACCUAUAAUGGUUGGCUCAGAUUGAGAAAGUCUGCUUGUAUGUAUCAUUUUACUUCUUUUGGUCUUCACUUUCUUCAUCUGUUAUAGUGAGAGAGCUGUACUAAGUCACUGCCAAUAUUCUUUGCAUCUCUGUCUAUUACCUGUACUAAUUAGUUUGACUGCAGUGUUAAUCCGAUAGUGAUUUAUCAUGAGGGAUUUAUGUGAAGGGUAACCACAACUGUUAAAGUUUUAUUCAGUUAACAUGAAGUUAAAUUUGAAACCCUAAUGGUAACUUUUUAUUUUCUAUUAAGUUAAGUGUUAAUCAAGAAGAUCAGACUGACUUCAAACAUUUACAGAGCCCUUCCUUUGCACUAUGUAAAAUUCACAUUUAGCCAGUAAAAUGUGAAAGGAGCCCCUAAAGUCAACCAAUCAUCUUUAAAAC